GGCUGCAUCAUCAAUAUUUCACCGGCGUCAAUAAGAGGCGGCAGCGGGGACAGGGCUGCGGAGCACUGCCAGCGCCAGCACAGCCCCAGGGAGCCGGCUUCCGCUCACCGCUCACCAUGGACGUCUUCAAGAAGGGCUUCUCCAUCGCCAAGGAGGGUGUGGUGGGUGCCGUGGAGAAGACCAAGCAGGGGGUGACGGAGGCGGCUGAGAAGACCAAGGAGGGGGUCAUGUAUGUGGGAGCCAAGACCAAGGAGGGUGUGGUGCAGAGCGUGACCUCAGUGGCCGAGAAGACCAAGGAGCAGGCCAACGCUGUGAGCGAAGCGGUGGUCAGCAGCGUCAACACCGUGGCCACCAAGACGGUGGAGGAGGCGGAGAACAUCGCCGUCACCUCGGGAGUGGUGCGCAAGGAGGAGCUGAAGCCACCCGCCCCGCCCCAGGAGGAUGAGGCAGCCAAAGAGGAAGCAGCUGAGGAGGGCUGUGAAGGUCUCUCUCUCCUAGGCCAAGAGUUGGGACGACUAGCGGGCUGCGGGUCAGCUGCAGAGUCCAGAGACCCCUCGCGUGGAGCCCCCGCCGCUGUGCCCGUCCGUCCUGGAGCGUGGCCUGCGGGCGCCUGCUCCUGGCACCCCGGCCGGUCUCCCGUGCUGUGCCCCUCCGUCCUCUCCCUCGCCCUCAGCCUCCGGGCCUUCCAUCCCCACAGACGCUGCGGGUUCUUCUUUUCAGUGGUUUCAAAUAAAGCCCAGUCCCCACAGCCGGUCCUCCUGUCCGGCCUCCUGUGUGCGCCCCGGCCUCGAAGGGAAGGGAGGCGGGGCCGUGGCCUUCCCUGGACCCUGCAUUUCUGGGACCUGCUGGCCGCUGUCCUGCCUUCAGGGAAUUCCUCUGGCCCCGACCAUCCGUCACUGCCUCUCCCUGAGGGGUGGCCCUGCUCUGGGCUCCGCACAGGCCCAGGUCCCAGCUGUGCUCAGCCUCCGGGACGGCCGCCAGCAGAGGGGGACCCCGGUCUCCGGGCCAUGCUGCCAGUGCUGGCUCCAGGGUCCUUCGGAGAAAGGGACACCUAGCACCCCGCCUGGAUC